CCGACCGCACAUCACGGUGUAACCAUUUAUUAUAUCUAGAGACGCGCCGCGCCAUUAGACCAGUUAGCGUGAUUUUGCUACUUGAGUUCUUUAUAAGAAGUAACUUGAGAGGUCAUUGCCAUGAGUUUUAUAGGACACUAUUCAAAGAAGCCUGAAAGAUACCCAGAUGGCACGGUGCGGCUACGGAACCCCAACAUCGAGCUCAUGGACCAGGACAUCCUGUACCACCUGGCGCUCGGCAGCGGCUCGCACGACCUCGUCGAGAUGUUCGGCGAUGUUAAGUUCGUCUGCAUGGGAGGCACGCCGAAGCGCAUGGAGCAGUUCGCGUACCACAUAAUGGCGGAGAUCGGCCACAAGCUGCCGUGCGGCACCACCCUGCAGGACAUCAGCCAGUUCUCCUACCGCUACUCCAUGUUCAAAGUGGGGCCGGUGCUGUCUAUCAGUCACGGCAUGGGCAUCCCAUCAGUGGGCAUUCUCCUCCACGAGGUGAUCAAGCUGAUGUACCACGCCAAGGUCCGGGACCCGGUGUUCUUCCGGAUCGGUACUUGCGGCGGCGUCGGCUAUGAGGGAGGCACCGUCGUCAUUUCUGAUGAAGCUGUCGAUGGCGCGCUGAAGAAUGCUCUGGAACUGACGGUGUUAGGCAACAUGGUGUCACGGCCGGCAAAGCUGGACCGGCGGCUGGCGCGCGAGGUGCGGGCGCUGGCCGACCCCGAGGACCCCUACGACACCGUCACCGGCAAGACCAUGUGCACAUACGACUUCUACGAGGGUCAAGGGCGGCUCGACGGGGCAUUCUGCGACUUCACCGAAGCAGACAAGAUGGAGUAUCUAGAGCGGGUGCACAAGGCUGGUGUUGUGAACAUCGAGAUGGAGUCGCUCGCGUUCGCGGCGCUCACGCACCACGCGGGCAUCAAAGCGGCCGUCGUGUGUGUCACACUGCUCGACCGGCUCAAGGGCGACCAGGUACUCGCUCCCAAGGAAGUUCUGGAUGAGUGGCAACAGAGGCCGACGAAGCUUGUCUGCCGCUACAUUAAAAGAUAUCUGCAGAUGAAGGGUCGCCUGUCGCUGGACGGGCACGGCUCGGUGUCCGUGAAGAGCCCGCGCCGGUUCAAGCUGGUGCAGCAGGAGUCGGAGACCUACGACUAAGCUGCCGGGCGAGUAACUCCUCAGUCGACUGAGCCGCCAGCUAGGGCAAGCAACUCGGUCGACUAGGCUGUGCCAGCGUUAAGGUAACAGGCAGACAUCGGCUCGUCGCUAUGUUUAAAGUUACAGUUACGGCACAGGAGACUAAACUAACGGAACAUAAGUCAAACAACAACAAACAAUUUUGCUGGCUUAUCAAGUACUUUAGUACCUACACUUUACCCAGAGUUAGAUGGAGCAAACUGACAGCAUUCUACAAAUAAUAUUUUUAUUAAGGCAAUAUAAUGUUUUAAAACUAAAUACAAGAUUGUACCCAUAACACGGUAAUCUUAUGAAUACAUGCCCGUAAACGUCAGUGUACUUUUUCGAAUUCUGGAUGCAACUACGAUACGUGAGAGAGUGGACAACCCCCCCACUUUUAGCUUCACGGCUAUGUGUAAGCUUUCAGAAUGGAUGCUUAAUACUGUUGCUCUGAGUAGUUCAGUUUUCUGUGACCGUCUGACAUAUCUGCGACGCUAGCGGCAUCUUGCAUAUAUGCUAAUGUAGCACGUAUGGUGCCAAUCGUGACAUUUGCGCCAAUAUUUAAGGCACUAAGCUCCACUGACUAAACGGAAAUACUGCUUUAAUUCUCGUAUAUAUCUAUCUAUCUCUUUAACUCUAUUCCUUUCUGGUCUAACAUAUUUUUAUUUGAAUUCAAAGAUGUAUGCUUUGAAACGUCGGGCUAAAUUGGAAUAAUAAAAGCCGCCUUCGCGGUUCUUAAACAGUUUUUACAUUCCCGUUGCUAUAGACGAUUGUGAAUUAUGAGAUUUCAUCUAGUUUCCCGGUUCGUUUGUUAAAUAAUUUGUAUGAAAAAUGGACAUGACACGAUUAUAUAAUAGGUAAGUAUAGGUACAUAUAUUCCUGUAUACUUAUGCAAAAUGGAAAAUGCCAAGAUGACAAUAAUUUGCGCAACGACAACGAAACGCUAUCCGUCUCUCUAUCGCACUAGCAUGGAAAAAGUGAUAAAGAGACAUAGCGUUUCUUUGAUGUAGCUCAAAUGAUUGUCAUCUUGGUUAGGCCCCCAGGUCUGAAAGUGACAAAACUUCGGGAAAGUUAGGGGAUGAUAGAAUGUUCGCUUCGGCCUCGAAUCGCACAUAAUAUCUACAUAUAAAUCUUUGGCCACAAACGAGAAGUUAGUAGGGAACCGAUUUUUGAUAUUAGAGCGCUCGUUUUCGUGCAUUACUAGGCAUUUAAAUUCUACUAAUAGAAAUGAAAACGAGUGGUCAAUAACCACUAGAUUCCCAAUUUCUAUUGCUCGUAUUUCAAAAAUAUCAAUUCGCCGUUUUCUACAGAUUUUCAGGUGACGAAAUCGAGCGCUAGAAAUUCAAAAAUUGGCCCCCAGUCCAUGUUCGAGGCUCGAAGCGAAUGUGUCGAUUGUCUUUGAUAUUACUAAAUAAUAUGUCUGUCACUGCCAUCUUUGUUAGUUAAGUACAUAAUUAUGUACCAAAAUUGGGCAUCUAAGUACAUGUACCUAAUUGGAUAGAAGAAUUGAACAUUUUAUUUAAUGAGAUUUAAUUUAAUUCUAUCAUACACUUGUAUUAGUUAAUGAAAAGUGUAAUUGUUUAUAACUAAGUAAUCACGGCAAAUUAGUUUGUGUACCUAGUUAUGUAUUAUGUAUCUAUGUAUGUGCUAUGUUGUACUAGCUACUUUAUAUAAUAUUAUUGACGUAUUGUAAGUAUCGGAUACAACAAUCAAAUAACUAAAUGUUACUGCCAAAUUAUUGAUAUGUAUAUAUUCUUACUGUUUAUAAUUUACAACUUUAUCUUGUAAUUACGUAUGUGUAUAGUUGGCUUCAAAAGUUGCUGGACAUUUUACAGUUGACAGAUUUGAACCUCGCGUAUUACAUUUAAGUAUAUUGAUACCUACCAUUUUAUUUUUAGUAGUUUUCGGAGAUUUUUUUAGUUAUAUUUAUAUGAAACCAUAGUCAAGAGCUUUUGGGCUAUAGAUAAAACCAUAAAGAACCUAUUGCGAGAAAGUACAAAAGUGUUCAAUGACAUUCGACACUGACUAUACUGAAAUGUUUUUUUAAAUACUUUUUAUUUACAACGAUCUUAAGAAACACAUAUCGUCAUUUAUUCAAUGUCUUUUAUAUCGUUUACCUUUGGACUCAAGUGACUUAGAUUUUCUAAAGUAUUACGUGAAAGUGGUUAAUCGGUAAUCAAAUCAAGUAGAAUCGAAGUAGUAGCGACAUAUCAACUGCAUCACAACUUUUUUCGGGUUAUACAAUUUACUUAUUAUUAAAAUCUAAACAUUCCCCUGUUUUUUUGUCGAUUUACCUACAUACAUGUGUGUGUGUUGCACUACAAAUGAUUAUCUUUUGGCAAUUUUGCAUGCAUUAUUUUUAUUCCCAGUGUAUCAUGUGUUACCUCUGCAUUUUAUUUUUAGUAGGUUAGUCUAUUGAUAACCUUUUCUAGUGUUAAUAUUUCUUUAUGCCUAUGAAUUAUAAUGUACAAAUACACAUCGCAUCAAUGUAAUUUAAAUCUUUCACAAAAGAAACGAAGUAGCAUUCCUUUUGAUUCAAUUUAUAUUUUGUUCAAUGUUUUGAACAAAAUAUAUCAUUUCAACCCACGAUACUUUACUAAUAUCAAAAUUGUAUAGUGUGUUCACGAGACUAGAAAUUUGGAAACAACUUAUCAGGACGAAGAAAGUCCGUGAAUAGAAAUGGCCGCCGCCGUUACUCUGAGUCACAUGACAGAUUUCUCACGAGCUGAGUGUAUUAUUAAACAGUUUUACAACGAACAUUGACUUUGUUCCGAUAUAAUAGUUAAAUUUUACAGAGCCCCGUAAACUAGUAUUAAAUCGGCGUAUUGUGUAUAGGCGGCUAUGUUGUUUAGUAGAUAAACGUUAUUCAAAAGUUCAAUACAGAUUUUAUGCGCUUCCAAUUAAUAAAUUGUUACAUGCAAUCAUGCACAAAAUGUUGGCAGAAGAUUGUUUCAAAUAUAUCGGUAGAUAAGAGUGAAUAUUUUUUAUUUAUAUUAACCCGAUUGUGAGUUUUAAUGAAAAUUUUAAUAUUCAUCGAAUUGAGAGUGUUAUCGGUAAUUGUUAUAGUAUAAAAUAAUCGAAAUGUAACUAGGCUAUAAGAACAAUAUGCUUCGGAGAAAGUAACUCGAAAAUUGCACCAAUAUUUAUUAGAGUUACUAGGAUGUAUAGUUAAUCACUGUACGCGUAGCUUAGGGAGAGUUGUUAAGUAGCUUUGUAUAAACGAAAUAAAACUGCGUUAAUGUACCUGUCGUCAAGGGAUUUUAACUCCAAAGUUGACGUUGGUUUUGUUUUACGAUAUUCAACUCACCCUAAGCGUCAUGAUAAGUAACAAACUAUGGUAAUUGUUUGCGUUUUGAGAAAUUAUAACUAUUGUACUAUAAGUCAAACAUCGCGUAGUGCGAUGAGUAUCUUUGCAAUUAAAAACUUUAAUUAUAAUAGCUCAAAAUGAUAUGUACUUAAGCUCAUUGUUUGUAAACUGUUAGAGUAAAUGCAUUGCUAUAUUCGGUGUUAACGUUAAUCGGUUUAUGAAGUUACGCGUAGAAGAUUUGUUGUUGAAUUGGUUAUUUAGGGGGUUGUUCUGAGUAGUUACCACCUGCGCCUACUGAACUAUGGAGCACUGGCUUAAUUUGGCCUCAGAAAAUUCUACAUGUCAGUAUGAGGUAUCAAAGUGUAUGUGUGAAAGAGUGAAGUAUCAAUAAAAGAGCGCAUUCAUGUUAAACUUGCAUGUCUAAUGCCACAGCGCUUGCCUAUCUAUGUGACAUGCGCUUGAGUCAGGACGAAGGUGUAAAUACACUGGUGUGGACAUGCAUUUACACGACGACGUAACUCCUCACAUACACAAAUUACUGAACAAAUAGACAUACAAAAACAAUAUCAUGCUAGACUUUUAGCGUUUUAGAAAUGUGUCCGGUGAUAACUACUGAGAAUAAUCUAUUUAGGAUACCUAAGGCUUCUGGACCUAAGUUGCCGGCGGAGCUGCGGACCGCGGUAUACAAACAAUUUAGUAAUAAGGCUAUAUCCGUGAUAACGGACCCCUGAACCGUUUAAGGGCUUUAAUGGAUCCCUUAGUGGGAUAUUAUUUCUCAUUUAAAUUAGUUUUCGUGCAUUACAAGUUUUUGUAUUUACAUUAGUAGUUUGGCAUGAAAAAACUACCUAACAGUGUCAACUAUUAAUGCGUUUAUCUAAUUAUUGUUUGUUUUUUAUUAAAGGAAUUUAAUCUUGAGAGAUUAACACGAAAUUGUACAUCACUGUCUCUUUUAGAUCGAUCGGAAAUGAGAAUAUACUAAAAUUAUUAUGUUAGCUUUCAGGAAAGUUUAAUAAAGCUCUUCUCAAUUAGUAAAGACCUCAUGUCAUACUCGAUUAGUUUUUAUUUUAUUUUUGAACCUAGAUGUUAAAUCAGGCGAGUCCAUGAAUGUGAAUGUAUCUUUUAGGUAUUCUUGAAAAAAAAAAGAAUUACCUAAACAUGCAUUUCAUUAUCAUCAUGAGCUUGACUGUACAAUGAUCAUUGUCUAUCUAUUAGCUGAUUUUGCCAGCGAAAUAGUAUUUAACCAAAAUGUUUAAGAUCAUUUUUGUAAGCUUAAUCCUACCAUACCUAAACAUAAAUUAAUUUUACUAGAAUAACUUACCUACCUAAGUAUGAUUAUUUAUCGUAUUAAUAAAUUUAAUUUUGACUCCCUA